GGGGGGGGGGGGGCGUCGUGGAGGAGGCGGCGGCGGCGGCCCUGCGGGCUGUGCCCCUGGUUCCCGAAGCAGGGAACGGGAAGAUGUGAACUGUUACUCUUCUGCAGAAAUUGAAAAAAAAAAAAAAGGCGGGGGAGGAGCCCUUCCUUCCCCUCCUGCCACGGCCAAUGUUCUGAAAAAGAUUCUGGAUAAGAAUGGCUUGCCUUACAAUGACAGAAAUGGAAGCAACCUCCACAUCUCCUAUACAUCAGAAUGGUGAUAUUCCUGGAAACACCGAUUCUGUGAAGCAAAUAGAGCCAGUCCUUCAGGUGUAUCUUUAUCAUUCUCUUGGAAAAGCUGAGGGAGAUUAUCUGAAGUUUCCAUCUGGAGAAUAUGUUGCAGAAGAAAUUUGUGUUGCUGCUUCUAAAGCUUGUGGUAUCACUCCUUUGUACCAUAAUAUGUUUGCAUUAAUGAAUGAAACAGAAAGGAUCUGGUAUCCACCCAACCAUGUCUUCCAUAUAGAUGAGUCAACCAAACUAAAUGUACUGUACAGAAUAAGGUUUUACUUUGCUCACUGGUACUGCAGUGGCAGUAACAGAACCUAUCGGCAUGGAGUAUCUCGAGGGACUGAAUCUCCUCUUCUUGAUGACUUUGUUAUGUCUUACCUUUUUGCUCAGUGGCGGCAUGAUUUUGUUCAUGGAUGGAUAAAAGUACCUGUGACUCAUGAAACACAGGAAGAAUGUCUUGGGAUGGCAGUAUUAGAUAUGAUGAGAAUAGCAAAAGAAAAGGAUCAGACUCCGCUGGCUGUUUAUAACUCUAUCAGCUACAAGACAUUCUUACCAAAAUGUGUUCGAGCAAAGAUCCAAGACUAUAAUAUUCUGACAAGGAAGAGAAUAAGGUACAGAUUUCGCAGAUUUAUUCAGCAGUUCAGUCAAUGCAAAGCCACUGCCAGAAACUUGAAACUUAAGUAUGUUAUAAAUCUGGAAACUCUUCAGUCUGCCUUCUACACAGAGCAGUUUGAAGUAAAAGAAUCUGGAAGAGGUCCUUCAGGUGAGGAGAUUUUUGCAACCAUUAUAAUAACUGGAAACGGUGGAAUUCAGUGGUCAAGAGGGAAACAUAAAGAAAGUGAGACACUGACAGAACAGGAUUUACAGUUGUAUUGUGAUUUUCCUGAUAUUAUUGAUGUUAGUAUAAAGCAAGCAAGCCAGGAAUGCUCAAAUGAAAGUAGAAUUGUAACUAUCCAUAAACAAGAUGGUAAAAUUUUGGAAAUUGAACUUAGUUCAUUAAGAGAAGCUUUAUCAUUUGUGUCAUUAAUUGAUGGGUAUUAUAGAUUAACUGCAGAUGCACACCAUUACCUCUGUAAAGAAGUAGCACCACCUGCAGUGCUAGAAAAUAUACAAAGCAAUUGCCAUGGUCCAAUCUCAAUGGACUUUGCCAUUAGUAAACUGAAGAAAGCAGGUAAUCAGAUUGGUCUAUAUGUACUUCGAUGCAGUCCUAAGGAUUUUAAUAAGUAUUUUUUGACUUUUGCUGUUGAGAGAGAAAACGUCAUUGAAUAUAAACACUGUUUAAUUACAAAAAAUGAGAAUAGAGAGUACAACCUCAGUGGGACUAAGAAAAAUUUCAGCAAUCUUAAAGAUCUUUUGAAUUGCUACCAGAUGGAAACUGUUCGCUCAGACAAUAUAAUUUUCCAGUUUACUAAAUGCUGUCCCCCCAAACCAAAAGAUAAAUCGAAUCUUCUAGUCUUCAGAACCAAUGGCAUUUCUGAUGUGCCAAACUCACCAACGUUACAGAGGCAUAAUAAUGUGAACCAAAUGGUAUUUCACAAAAUCAGAAAUGAAGACUUGAUAUUUAAUGAAAGCCUUGGUCAAGGCACUUUUACAAAAAUUUUUAAAGGCUUAAGAAGAGAAGUAGGAGACUAUGGCCAAUUACAUGAAACAGAAGUUCUCUUAAAAGUUUUGGAUAAAGCACAUAGAAAUUAUUCAGAGUCAUUCUUUGAGGCAGCAAGCAUGAUGAGCCAACUUUCUCACAAGCAUUUGGUUUUAAAUUAUGGAGUAUGUGUCUGUGGAGAGGAGAAUAUUUUGGUUCAGGAGUUUGUAAAAUUUGGAUCAUUAGAUACAUAUCUGAAAAAGAACAAAAGUUCUAUAAAUAUAUUAUGGAAACUUGGAGUGGCUAAGCAGUUGGCAUGGGCCAUGCAUUUUCUAGAAGAAAAAAACAUUAUUCAUGGGAAUGUAUGUGCCAAAAAUAUUCUACUUAUCAGAGAAGAAGACAGGAAGACAGGAAAUCCUCCUUUCAUCAAACUUAGUGAUCCUGGCAUUAGCAUUACAGUUUUACCAAAGGACAUUCUUCAGGAGAGAAUACCAUGGGUACCACCUGAAUGCAUUGAAAAUCCUAAAAAUCUAAAUUUGGCAACAGACAAAUGGAGUUUUGGUACCACUUUGUGGGAAAUCUGCAGUGGAGGAGAUAAACCUCUGAGCGCUCUCGAUUCUCAAAGAAAGCUUCAGUUCUAUGAAGAUAGGCACCAGCUUCCUGCACCAAAGUGGACAGAAUUAGCAAAUCUUAUAAAUAAUUGUAUGGAUUAUGAAUCAGAUUUCAGGCCUUCUUUCAGAGCCAUUAUACGGGACCUUAACAGUUUAUUUACUCCAGAUUAUGAACUAUUAACAGAAAAUGAUAUGUUACCAAACAUGAGGAUAGGUGCUCUAGGGUUUUCUGGUGCUUUUGAAGACAGGGACCCUACACAAUUUGAAGAGAGACACUUGAAAUUUCUACAGCAACUUGGGAAGGGUAAUUUUGGAAGUGUGGAAAUGUGCCGAUAUGACCCUCUGCAGGACAACACUGGGGAGGUAGUGGCUGUUAAAAAGCUCCAGCACAGUACUGAAGAGCACCUCAGAGAUUUUGAAAGGGAAAUUGAAAUCUUGAAAUCCCUGCAGCAUGACAACAUUGUCAAGUACAAAGGAGUGUGCUACAGUGCUGGCCGGCGUAAUUUAAGAUUAAUUAUGGAGUAUUUACCUUAUGGAAGUUUACGAGACUAUCUUCAAAAACAUAAAGAACGGAUAGAUCACAAAAAACUUCUGCAGUAUACGUCUCAGAUAUGCAAGGGUAUGGAGUAUCUUGGUACGAAAAGAUACAUCCACAGGGAUCUGGCAACAAGAAAUAUAUUGGUAGAGAAUGAGAACAGAGUUAAAAUUGGAGAUUUUGGAUUAACUAAAGUCUUGCCACAAGACAAAGAGUACUAUAAAGUGAAAGAACCUGGUGAAAGUCCCAUAUUCUGGUAUGCUCCAGAGUCACUGACAGAGAGCAGGUUUUCUGUGGCCUCAGAUGUUUGGAGUUUUGGAGUGGUUUUGUAUGAACUUUUCACAUAUAUUGAGAAGAGUAAAAGUCCACCAGUGGAGUUUAUGCGUAUGAUUGGUAAUGAUAAACAAGGACAGAUGAUUGUAUUCCAUUUGAUAGAACUUCUGAAGAACAAUGGAAGAUUACCAAGACCAGAUGGAUGCCCAGAUGAGAUUUACUUGAUCAUGACAGAAUGCUGGAAUAAUAAUGUCCAUCAGCGCCCCUCCUUCAGGGACCUAGCAUAUCAGGUAGAUCAGAUACGGGACAGCAUAGCUGGAUGAAAGAAAUGAACAAUGUGCACACUGAGACCAAAGCAGAAAUCCAGAACAAAGGUUUUCACAUUGCUGUGGACUAUUAUCACUCAUCAUUACUAUGUAAAUCAUGAUGCUUGCCAGAAGAGAUGUGAAAAUAGCUGCUUAAAACUUGGAAAGUUCAGUGUUUUCUUCAUGAAGCUACCUGUACAUGACUGUGAUGGGAGAUCUUGAAAAAGAAAUUUUGUAAAGUUUCAUGAAUUUUAUCAGCCAGUAUAUCUCCUUCUCUGGCAAAAAAAUAAAUAACAUUUGUCAACUCAGCUUUUUGAGAGAUGAAAAUUACAGUGUAAAUUUUGCCUUGUUGAAGAUGCACAAAAAUAUGUACAGUUUUUACCACAGUGCAUGUAUUAUACUUUGGCAUCUUGUGUGAUUUACACAAGGGCUAGUGUUCAUUAGUAAUGUUUUCUAAUUUUUCCACAACGGAUACACAAUAACUUCACCGUACCAACAAAUUACUGUGCUCAGAAAACUGAGUAGCACCGUUCUUGUUUAUGUUCAUCCAAACUACUAUCUGACGAUAUUUAGCAGGUGUAUGAUUUUUGGCUUACAGUUCCAUGUAUUGUAAAUAUUUUUCAAAGCAAAGGGAACAAAAGUCUAUUUUAUUUGUAUAAGAAAUUCCCCUAGCCCUAAAGAAUAUGUUUUGAAAUGGAACAAGCUUACAAAGAAAUAACACAAUCUAUUUUCUUAUUUGUUUCUCUUGUAUCUGUUUGUGGUGAACGUUUUUUAAAUAGAAAUAUCUCCAAAUUUUUUCUAAGACUAUAAUGAAUAGUAUUCUUUUACAUUUUUGAGAAUAAGAAUGUUGGGAAUGUUGUCAUCCUUUGAGCUCUUGACUGCCAAUAAGAUUCUUCAGUCUUUGAGACCUGUGGUCACGCAUUAUUAAAUGUAAGCAUAAGCCAUAACAUAGUUUCUAAAAUGUGCAAGCUCAUUAAGACGAACAGUGGGCUAGGACAUGAAGUCUAGAGACUAUGUUUGAAGUUUUUAUUACAGUUACAGAAGAGAUUCCCUUUGUUAGAGUCUCAUACUCAAUGAGGAAAUGAGCAACUUGAUGAAAAGUAUGCUUGUCAAUUUUAUUACAGGAUGCCAGUAGAAAAUUCAUAAUGUAUGUCUUUUAAAAAAAGAGAAAAUACAUAUUUUUAAUAAGUAUAAAGUAUUAUUUGUGUUGUCAUCUGUUCUAGUGCUACUCCAUUUAAGAUAUAGUACCUAAAAUAAAAUGUGAUAGUGGUUUUUGUGUGUGUUAUUUAUACAAAAUUUAAGAUGUUUGACAUUUUGAUAAAAAAAAUUUUUCUUAUUUUAUUUGCAAGUGAUAUAUGCCAUUUCAAAAAGACUUUUGCUUAAAACUUCUGAUUGUUGGGAAAGGAAAGGGAAGAAUCCCGUUUCCAUUCUUUAUCUUUAAGGAAUUUUAGUAGGUUAACCAGAUGCCGAAAUCAUCUAAAAUGAGAAUAUAUUACAUUUUUUUAAAUUUUGAGUAGAUUCUUUGAUAAAAUUUAAAUAUAACUUUAAUUUGUAAAGUCUUUUUAAGGGUCUAUUUAUGUAAUUGUUAAGAUAACUUUGAGUCUAUUACUUUUCAAAUUGAAAGUAGCAACCACACGUUAUGCUUGAUUUCAAAACUUUGUACAUUAUUACUUAAAAGUGAAUUUUUCUCAGAGGUAUGUAACAUUUUGUUUUUAAAAACAAGCAUGUGAAUUUUGUUAAAACUUUUGAAAUGUUUCAUUUUCUAACUUAAAAUAAUUUCACAAUAUAUUCUUAAGUUUGCAAGACCACCUUAUUGUCAAAUUCCAAGUUUACAUGAAAUUUCUUUUUCACUGAGGGUUUGUAAUGUUUUAACUUUUGAUUCUGAGCAUACAUAAAAAGAAGUUAAUCUUGUACCUGUUUAACAGGUUCGCUAUUAGAAAGAGGUAAGUAAUAAACCAGUUAAGCUUAAGUGUUUCUUAAUUUUUUGAAAAUUUUCUUAGAAUCCUGUAAUUUUGUAUAUAUUAUAUACUAUGUUAUUAUCUUUAUACAAAUCCUUACUUCCAUGUAUACUUGC